AACGUAUCCGAUUUACAACACAAAUAUAAGAUUUUGACGAACCCUAGAUUGAGUUUCAUUUUUGGGAAAUUUUACUCUUCCGAUUAUUCUCCUUUCCCGCUGUGUAAUACUUCAGAUUUUCGCAAACCUCCCGCCAUUCAUGUGAAUAAUUUCCCUUUUAGUUUGGUACCCAAUUCUCUGCAUCACUUAGCGUGAAGAAAUUCUGGGGCACGAUUUGUUUUGCAAACUAUAGACUAUGAAAGGAAGAAAUUCUGGGAAUUUGUCGAACCCAUGUUUGACGAUGCAUCAGCCAUGGGCUUCUUUGCUUGUCUAUGGAAUUAAACGCAUCGAGGGCAGGUCCUGGUCUGCUCCCCUCAGAGGCCGUCUUUGGAUUCAUGCUGCGAGUAAGGUUCCUGAGGAUUCUACAAUCAAAGCAAUGGAGGAUUUCUAUAGGGAACUCUAUGCUUUGGAUGGAAUUACUGAUCUUAAGUUUCCAGAACAUUAUCCUGUUUCAAGACUUUUAGGGUGUGUUGAAGUGGUUGGCUGUGUUGGUGGUGAAGAACUGAAAAAUUGGGAUAAAGUACCUGAAGGGGUUAGAGUAGAAGCUCAAACUGAUUUCUGUUGGCUCUGUGAACAACCACAGAAAUUGCUGAUUCCGUUCGAGAUGCGCGGUUACCAGGGUGUUUAUAACUUAGAAAAGAGGAUAUUGGAAGCAGCAGUAAGAGGUCUCACCCGUGUUAAAUGCCCACUGCCUGUAAAGUUUCAACUUCCAGAUCCUAGAGAUCCAUUCUCCUUGAGGCCAGGAUCUGUCUCAUUAUGUUCUCCCAAGUCUAAAGGAUCUAGAUCUGAAGUGGAGAAGUCAUCUAAACUCAAUGCUGCGAUAGCUGGUGCUCGAGCAGCCGCUACUCAGUUUACGAGAAAGUACCAGGACCCCCAAACUUCUGUCCACGACCAUACUUCGUCUAGUUUUGGAACGGCAGGUAAGUCCAGAACUGAAUUCUUGGAAGGAGAUCGAUUUCAAUCUUCCAAUUUCCGUCAAGACGAGGUUUCACGAGCAAAUAUCGGGGAACAAACUGUUAGCUACCACACUCGAUCUCAGGCACUUUGUGCACACACACAGCCGCAAAAUGGAGCUCCUUCUAAGAUCUUUGCGGCUGCAGUGAGAGGACUGAGACCGACAUGAAUGUUGAUCGAUUCAACUGCAGAUAGGAUUUGUACAUAGAAAAGCAGUGUGUAUGUGAAGGGUGACUUGGGCUGCAACUGUUUAAAAUUCAACCAUAAGUCUACAAAUGGCCAAUGCAUCUCUUUGAAGAAGGGAUGCUUUUAUAGUUUAUUAUUCUUUGUUGUUUUGAUGAAUUUAUUGCCCAUGGAGUUAUAAUUAUUCAUGAUGCAAUAUAGAAUGAUUUGGUAUUAGCAGACCUUCAUUUAGGAUUUAAUAUUAUAUUAUCAGACCUUGAUUAAUAGUUCAUGUAACCUUUUGUCUCAUAAUAAAAGUUUUAUUAGCGACGAAGAGUUU